CAAAGCAGGGUUUAAUGGUGCAUGGCCCCUAAUUGCACCCCCAUUAGCAGCAGAGGGGGGCGUAGGGAGGGGAUCAUGGGGGCGGGGGACCCAAGAAGCAAGGACCGCAAAUGAAAGUGAAAGAUUUAAAUAGCAAGUAAAUAACGGCAUGUGAUCAGAUCUGACCGAGAGCUGAGCUUUGCUUUGCUUCCUCAGUGAUGGUUUGUCUGGGGGCUGUGUCAGAGAUGUGAAUUUCACCUACCUUCUGGAUGCAAAGGGGUAAUUUCUAUGCAUUCAUGUAUCUAUUUGGAAGCAAUGUAGGGAACACACACAGAAGCCAUCUGAGACCUGGAAAGCUAUCUGGAUUUAAAAUAAAACAAGAAGAAUGAGACACCAGCCAGGACCCCUGCCCUGAGAGGAAGGUGAAGAAAGGGAGGAAGGAAGAAAGAAAGCAACCAUGCACAUACCAAACCUGUAGAUUUAUGAAAUUCUUUUUGCUCCACUAAGGACAGAUAUUUCUCCCCUUACAGACAUGCAGCAUAAAGGCAUCAUGCUGAUUGUGUUCUUGGAAUACAUUGUUUCUGGUCAUGGUGAAGCAGAUCCAGUAAAGCUACAAGCCUUCCGUUGUGACGGCCACUCCUGCAAUCCUCCUGUGGGGAAUCUAGCAACAGGCAGAAUUCCAGUCUCUCUUACCACAUGUGGGCAGAACAGCACAGAACUUUAUUGCUUCUACCCAGACCAGAACCUCCGUCAUCGGGCCUCCCAAGGCUGUAGGCAGCCCAGAUGCACUAAAUGCAAUGCCAAUCAGCCUGAUAACUCCCACCUUCCCUCUGACAUGACAGAUGAUUUCUUCCUAAAUCCUGGCUCCUGGUGGCAGUCUGCACAAGGGGUACACAGGGAAGAAAUCAUGCUGGACUUGGAAACGAUGUUCUACUUGACCCAUGUCAUUGUCGUGUUCAAGUCGCCUCGCCCAGCUGCUAUGGUACUGGAGAGGUCUCAGGACAAUGGACAGACGUGGAGGCCCUACAAAUAUUUUUCUCUCAACUGUACAGCAACAUUUGGGCUGCAAGAUGAUCUUAUUGAGGAGGGGUCUUUGUGCACUUCCAGGUAUUCAAGUGCGGUGCCUUGCACUAGAGGAGAGGUAAUCUAUCGUGCCUUAACGCCAAACAACAAGAUCGAAGAUCCAUAUGGUCCUGAAGCCCAAGACCUCCUGAAACUUACCAACCUGCGUCUCCUUUUAUUAAAAAGACAGGAGUGUCCCUGCCAGAACUUGGGGUUGCUAGAGAAACCCCAGAGGUUUGCCCACUAUGCCAUCUAUGAUCUGAUUGUCCGGGGAAGUUGCUUCUGUAAUGGGCAUGCAGAAGAAUGCCAACUUGCCAAUGGGACAGGGAACACAGAGAACAUGGUCCAUGGGAAGUGUGUGUGCAGACACAAUACAGCAGGGAACCACUGUGAGAGGUGUGCACCAUUAUACAAUGACCAGCCUUGGAAGCCAGGAGAUGGAAAAACUGGGGCACCCAAUGAAUGCAGAAAGUGUCGCUGUCACAACCAUGCUGAUAGCUGCCACUUCGACCUGAGUGUUUGGCUGUCAUCUGGGAAACACAGCGGUGGAGUGUGUGACAACUGCAAACACAACACAGAAGGACAUCGGUGUCAAAGAUGCAAACCAGGAUUUUACAGAGAUUUGGGAAAACCUAUGUCUUCCCCAGAGGUCUGCAAACCUUGCUCCUGUCAGCCUAUGGGAUCGACCAAUGCAACCUUCAGCAGAAGCUGGCGGUGCCACCCAAAGACGGGCUUCUGUUACUGCAAGCCAGGUGUGACAGGCCCGAACUGUGACAGAUGCCUCAUGGGAUACUGGGGCUUUGGAGAAAAUGGCUGUCGGCCUUGUGACUGUGCCAGAGACUGCGACCCACAGACAGGAAACUGUUUCAAUGGUUAUGACAAAGAGCCAUAUUUCAACAUCCCCAUGGGUGGGCGAAUCCCUGACCUCUUACAAAUGCCAGCCAAUGAGAGUGAAGAGUGGCAAUGGAAUCAUCAUGAGCAGGGAUUUUCUGCAUUGAGACAUCCAGAAAAGUGUGUGUGCAAAGAGAAAGUGCUCGGAAGUGUCACUGAUUUCUGCCAGAUGAAAAACGCAUAUGUGAUAAAAGCCAGAAUCCUAUCAGCUCAUGACAAGGGAACCCAUGCAGAAGUUGUUGUGAAAGUAAAGAAGAUCCUGAAAUCAGGCAAAGUGAAAAUUACCCGGAGUAACAGAAGUAUUUAUCCAGAGUCCUGGACCAACAGGGGAUGUACUUGUCCUAUUCUCAAUCCUGGAACCGACUACCUGAUAGCAGGCCAGGAGGACUCAAGGACCAGCAAGCUCCUUGUCAACAUGAACAGUCUGGUGAAACCCUGGAAGGCAUAUUUGGGGAAACAAGUAGCAGACAUUCUUCGAACUGGGUGCAAAUGAUUUCUUAUUCAGAAGUUAAAGCCAUGAACUUUAUAUUUUAAUAACACUGCAGUGAAAGGUGUAGCUAGCUCAUAUAUUACCAUUCAACAUGUUCCUAGCUAAGGGGACAAAAGUGGAUUUACCCUCCUUUCCCUUGUUACGUGUUUAAUCCAGUAAUCCUUGGAUGUGACUUUUCUUCCAUAAAUACAUAGUCAUAGAUGAAAUUAACAAACCUAUUGCAUGUAGGUUAUAAGCCACAGUUCUUAGCUUGAAGCCAUUUUCACAGCUCCCAGAGAGUCACUCAUGGGAGAAGCAGAAGCUAUGGGUUAUUUUUCCACUCUUCAAGAAUGAAUCUGGUAUCAAUGCUUAUAAGCCACUUGCAUAGCGCAUUCAUUAUUUGGGUGUCAUUUUCUUUAAAUCACUAUUAAUGGGCAAAAAAAAAUCAGCUUGAAAGGUGGCAAAAAUAUUAUUAAACAGUAUGUCAAAUGCCACUUGAUUUGUUUGAAAAGAGCUCCAUUGUAUUUACCAAGCAAACUGCAGUUAGAUCAAUAUGAGACAUGUUGCUUUCUAGACUGAAAAUACCACAGCACUGCAUAGAGAUUAACACUAUCUGGUGAGAGCCUUUAUAGAUGGGAGGCUGUCAGCGCCUAAUGGGAAAGCACAGCUGCAGGGCAGAACUGCUGGCUCAGUAUGGAAUCCUGACCCCACACACCCUUAUCUGUACUAGCAAAGGUCUCCUCAUUCUUCUCUGCCAUAGCACUGCUCUUUGUACGGUCACACAACAGUUUGAGAAUGGCUGCUGCUGCUGAAGAGCCUUGUGCCAAUAGAGUAGCAUCAAGCUGCAGCUCCAGACCCAUAGGAGGAGGUGAUGGAAGCUGGCCCAGACUUGAGUUUAUCAUGCAACAGUAGGUGGAAGUGUGAAGAGGCAGCAGGCUGUACCAAUUUGAGGAUUAGAGGGGUAUUAUUGACUGACAGGGCAGCUACCUUGUUAUUCUGAUCAACAACUUUGAGACCAUGUUCAUUAUUUGUCAUUUUUCCACUCUACUGUUAUUCUUGCCACCAUUGUGUGUUGAAAUAAUCAAAUGAAGUUACUUUCCAGUCAGUGUUCCCUCUAGUUUUUUCCUUCCCUGUGCAGAUUGCAUUUGGUUAUUUGCACUGAGGCAUGUGCAGAUGUGCACCACCAGUAGAAGCACAUGCUACGGUCUUUGGAUAUUCUUCUAGUCAGCUGAGUGGCAUUAGACUCUCUCCUGAGUGGCCACUCACGCAUUCAGCUUACAGGGAACACUGCUCCAGUUUGUGGUUGACAUUUGUUUAACAUGAGUAGG